AUGGCCCCCCCACCGCCCUACGCAAUAGCGACUGGCGCCGAAGAUGCGCUGCCAACAUCAACAACACUCGCCGCCGCCGUAGCUGCUGCAGCAACAUCCACCAUGAUUCCCAUCACGAACCCGGCAGCAGCAGAUACCCUCGCUGGUAUCGUCGCCACUGUUGUCUCAUCCGCCGCCGCCGCGACUGCGACCGCUACCAUGAAGGAAGGAGGCGAAUCUGGCGGCAACGGCGAGUGCAGCCUUCUCGGCUCCUUUGCCCUCAUCGUCCAGGCCGCCCUCGGUGGCCUUGCGCUUUUGUCCUUGGUAUACAAGCGGUGGAGGGAACGACCGCAGCGUCCUGUCAAGAUCUGGUUCUUUGACGUAUCGAAGCAGGUGUUUGGCUCGGUUCUGGUGCACAUCGCCAACGUCUUCAUGUCCAUGUUGACGUCAGGUCGCUUCUCCGUCACGCUGGAUCCCGCGACGACGACCAACGUGCGGAGGUUGGUCACGCGCGACGAGGACUACACGCCGAAUCCUUGCUCGUUUUACCUGCUCAAUCUCGCAAUCGAUACAACGAUCGGCAUUCCCAUCCUCAUCGUGCUCCUCCGAAUCCUCACCGGUCUCGCGGCCUACACACCGAUGGGCAAGCCCGCCGAAUCGAUAAAGUCCGGCCACUAUGGCACACCACCAAACGCCUGGUGGUGGUUGAAGCAGUCUACCAUCUACUUCUGCGGCCUGUUUGGCAUGAAGCUCUGUGUUCUCAUCAUCUUCCUCCUGUUGCCGUGGAUCUCGCGUGUCGGCGACUGGGCCUUGCGAUGGACCGAGGGCAACGAGCAACUGCAGAUCUUCUUCGUCAUGAUGUUCUUCCCGCUCAUUAUGAAUGCGCUGCAGUAUUACAUCAUCGACUCCUUCAUCAAGCAGCCCCAGACCGAGCACGAGCGCGUGCCCGACGAAGACCCCGAGUGGAGCUCCAGGCACAGCGGAGUAAGCCCGUACGAUGACAGGGACGAGAGCGAUGAAGAGGCCGACGCGGAUGAUCGUGCGAGUUUGAAAUUGAAGAAGGCAAAGAACGCAGACGACGCGGAGUACGACCCUGACUUCGACGGCGACGCGCCGACAGUGAUUGGAAGCAGCUCGAGCAGGUCCAACCACCAGAGGAAGGACAUCUCGGCGGAACUCUUCCCCAAGGAGUAA